AUGGCGCCCCCGGCGGCGCCGUGGCUCGUCCUGCUCAACCCCGGCAGCUGCUUCCUCGGCGAUGGCAGCGAGCCCCCUCCCCGACGGCCCUCCCUAUAUGCAUGCGCACGACCGGCGACGUCGGCUCCAUGCUCCAGCACGCGACGUGACUCUAGGCGGCGGCGGUGCGGCCUCCCACCGUAUGACCCCGUGUUUCGCAUGGAUGGUGGCCCCUACGGCGGCGCAGCUCGCCCAGCUCGACGGCGCUCCCCGACGGUGACGCAGCCGGUUUCGCUCGGAUGGCAGCCCCAGCGACUGAGCUGCUCUCGCCUCGCACAGAUGUCGAUCGGCUCCGGCGGCAACGCGUCCUACCCUAGUCGGAUGGCAGUCCCGAUGGUGGAGCAGCUUCUUCCCUGGCGCGCAUGGCGGCCUCAGCUAUGGCGUGUCUCAUCUCGCGGCAACAGCGCUCCUCGGCGGCGGCCAAGCACCACGGUGUCACCUUCCUCCUUCCCGAUGGCCCUCACGAUGGCGUGGCGGCAGGCUCCUUCCGUGGUGCAGGCAUGCAGCUAUUUAUUUGAUUUGAUUUUUGUUUGA